CCUCAGUCUCUAGACAAACGAGAUGCUGCUCAAGUCGAUGGGAAUAUUAUUUGUGGCGGCGCUCUGCCUGAGCAGCGAAUUGCUGCUGACCGCGGCCGCACCCACAGCCGCUUGGAACUCGGAGCCGUCAGCGUCGUUCGAGCGGCCCGCCAAUCCGGUGUACUACAAGCGCUACCAUCGCCGCCGUCCCGUGCCCAAUCGCGAUGACUUGGAGAUGCUUGAGCUGCGCGAGGUGUUCUAUGUGCGCCGCCCCGCGCCAACCACCCCGAAGCCCAUACGACGUCUAAGCGAUGAGCAGUUUGAUCUGCGCAUUAAGUGCGAUUUUAAUCCAGCGCUGCCCGAAUGCUGGAGUUUGAUCAGCAGCAGCAGCACAACAACAACAACGCCCAGAGCAACAGCAACAACAACAUCAACAACCACUAGCAGCAGCAGCAGCACCACCACCAGCACCACUCAGUUGCCUAUACUGCCAGAGCCUGAAGUUGAAUUUGAAAGCGAGCCAGAGACUUCAGUCAGCACUCAAAUCGAUGAAGAAAAUAUAACUGAGCCGCAGCCAACGGAAAGUUCUGCGGAGCUGACAACGCCGCAUGCUGAGAAUGCGGAUAACGAUGACAUUGAGCUGCCGGAAGACGACGGCACGGACGAGCAGGAUCUGGAGGAUACCUAUGGCGUUGACACUGUCACCGAUGCCACCGAGCUGGUGGACGAAUACGAUUAUUCGAAUCAAGGCGGCAGCAUUGGCGGCAUCGAUCUGUCCUAAGCGGGCGGCAGCCAAUCUAACUAUCAAUCUAGCAUAUGAACUAAUCGUAAGCCGGAAGCGCUCAUCAGUUGCCAUUUAAAGUUCAGCGCUUUGUGCUAAUUAGAGAAUAAUAAAUGCGCUCAAUAAAUGGCAAUGUCCAUCCAAUAAGCGA